AUGAAGUUUCCAUCAAGCGAAGAUAUGGACAAUAUUACUAAUGAUUUUUGGACCAAAUGGGGAUUUCCUAAUUGCUCUGGUAGCAUUGAUGGUAAACAUAUACGAAUUAACGCACCAAUGCAUUCUGGCAGCAUGUUCCGUAAUUAUAAGUGCUUUUUCUCAAUUGUAUUGCAAGCUGUUGUGGAUGCAAACUAUAGAUUUCUUGCUAUAGAUGUGGGAGCCUAUGGUAAAGAGAGUGACGGUGGAAUAUUUUCGCAUUCAAAUCUUUCACAACAAUUGAAAAAUGGUGCUCUUAACGCAAACCAAGAAAAAGUAUUACCUGGAAGUAACAUAGCUUUGCCUCACUUCUUAGUUGGUGAUGAGGCUUACCGUUAA